UCCAAAUAAACCUGACCAGAUAUUAGUAUAUUUGGUAGUUACAAGUGGUUUCCAUGGCUCCAGUGCCUCUCUCUCCUAUCAAGGUUGGGCAUAUUGAUGAUGUCCAGGAACUGAGAAAGGAAAAACCAACAACAAUUCCAGAAAGAUUUGUCCGCAACAGGGCUGAGAGACCAGAACCCAUGGUUCUGUCAUCAUCGAGGGACAUUCCUGUUAUCAACUUCUCUAAGCUCAUAAAAGGCAACAAAGAUGAACAAUAUGAUGAAGUUUCUAAACUCAGGACAGCCUGUGAGGACUGGGGAUUUUUUCAGGUGGUGAACCAUGAGAUUGACCUGAGUUUGCUUGAGGGAAUAGAAAAGGUGGCCAAGGAUUUCUUCAUGUUACCUUUAGAGGAGAAAAAGAAAUAUCCAAUGCUGCCAGGGACGGUGCAGGGGUAUGGACAGGCUUUUGUGUUCUCGGAGGACCAGAAGCUGGACUGGUGCAACAUGUUUGCCCUUGGGCUUGAGCCUCACUCCAUUAGAAUUCCAAAACUAUGGCCUAAAAAACCAGCUGGACUCAGUGAAACCGUGGAGGUUUAUUCAAGAGAAAUAAGGAAACUGUGCGAGAGUCUGCUAAAAUAUAUAGCCAUGACCCUUGACUUGAAAGGGGAUGUUUUUGAAGAAAUGUUUGGCACAGCUGUGCAGGCUGUAAGGAUGAACUACUACCCACCAUGUCCUAGACCUGACCUUGUUUUAGGCCUCAGUCCCCAUUCAGAUGGAAGUGCCCUCACAGUUUUGCAGCAGGUAAAGGGUGGCUCAGUGGGACUCCAAAUCCUAAAGGAUAACACAUGGGUGCCUGUUCAGCCUAUUCCAAACGCACUAGUUAUCAACAUCGGUGACACCAUAGAAGUUCUGACAAAUGGAAGAUACAAAAGUGUGGAGCAUAGAGCAGUUACUCACAGAGAAAUAGACCGUCUCUCCAUUGUCACUUUUUAUGCUCCUAGCUAUGAAGUAGAACUUGGUCCAAUGCCAGAAAUGGUGGAUGAGAACAAUCCAUGCAAAUACAGAAGAUACAAUCAUGGAGAGUAUAGUAAACAUUACGUAACCAACAAGCUGCAAGGCAAGAAAACCCUGGAGUUUGCAAAGAUUCAAACCUAGAACUCUUCUUUCAGAAGGGCUCCACCCUGUUCCCCACCAAGAGGUUGAUAAUUAAGUACUGCAAAUAACAUGAAUAAGAAUGUAUAAUCCGAGUGUCAGAAUUCAGAUCUAAGUCUUGUGUUUAGAAUAUUCAAACACAAGUUGAGUAUGUUGUGUGUCAAAGUGGGUGUGUAUCAACUAAAUGGACUUAUUGUGCAAAUCUAAUGGUAUCCUUUUUUCUUUUUCUUUAUAUAUAUAUGAAAAUCUAAUAGUAUCUUGUGUUGUGGGGUCUUGUGUUUGCAAAGUUUUCUUGUCAAUUUGUGUUUGUCCAUGAUGACUUUGUUAAUCAAAGCAACGGCAAGCA